GUGUGAAUGUAAAUAGAAGGGGAAUUGUGUGUGCGCUUCGUGUGCCUUCAGGAGGGUCUCGUGCUUGAACUUGGCGGGUGUCUGAAGAACGUUGAGAGUAUGUGUGUGGGACACGCUAUAUACGUGUUAAGCGCAGAGAAGCGGCAGGAGAGUGUACGUGGUGAGUGUGUGCGCGGAGUGUGUGCGAGCGCCAGGGCCGGGCAGGGCCGGCCGGCCCGCCCGCGCCUCCGCCCGCCGCGGCUCCCCGUGCGCCGGCCGGGCCAAUGAGCGCGCGGCGGCGGGGGCGGCGGGCGGGGAGGGGGCGCCGGGGCCCCGCGGAUGGAGGCGCUGGCGGCGCGGCGCGCUCAUUCCGCGCGGCCGUUGCUGGCGGGGGGCGGCGCAGCCACCGGCCGGGGAUCGCUGCCGGGACCCUGGGCUGCGGGUGGCGUGGGCGGCGCCCGGGGCUGGGAUGCGCCCGGGGCUCCGCGGCGGCGGCGUCGGCGUCGGCGUCGGCGGCUGCUGGGGGACGAGCUAGCGCCGCGGCGCGGGGAGCCAGUGGAGCCCGGCGGGCGAGCGGCGGCGGCGGCGCAGGCAGAGCGGCGGCCGCAGCCGGGGCCCAAGUGCCGCGCGCCCACCAUGGCCGCCCAGGGCGAGCCCGGCUACCUGGCGGCGCAGUCGGACCCGGGCUCCAACAGCGAGCGCAGCACUGACUCGCCCCCGCCCGGCUCCGAGGAUGAUCUGGUCGCCGGGGCGCCGCUGCACAGCCCCGAGUGGAGCGAGGAGCGCUUCCGCGUGGACAGGAAGAAACUUGAGGCCAUGUUACAAGCUGCUGCUGAAGGAAAAGGCAAAAGUGGAGAAGACUUUUUUCAGAAGAUCAUGGAGGAAACAAAUACACAGAUUGCUUGGCCAUCAAAACUGAAGAUUGGGGCCAAAUCCAAGAAAGAUCCCCAUAUUAAGGUUUCUGGAAAGAAAGAAGAUGUUAAGGAGGCCAAGGAAAUGAUCAUGUCUGUCUUAGACACAAAAAGCAAUCGGGUCACCUUGAAGAUGGAUGUUUCACAUACAGAACAUUCUCAUGUAAUCGGCAAAGGGGGCAACAAUAUUAAAAAAGUGAUGGAAGAAACAGGAUGCCACAUCCACUUUCCAGAUUCCAACAGGAAUAACCAAGCAGAGAAAAGCAACCAGGUGUCUAUAGCAGGACAACCAGCAGGAGUAGAAUCUGCUCGAGUUAGAAUUCGGGAGCUGCUUCCUUUGGUGCUGAUGUUUGAGCUACCGAUUGCUGGAAUUCUUCAACCAGUUCCUGAUCCCAAUUCCCCCUCUAUUCAGCACAUAUCACAAACGUACAACAUUUCAGUGUCAUUUAAGCAGCGUUCCCGAAUGUAUGGUGCUACGGUGAUAGUACGAGGAUCUCAGAAUAACACAAGUGCUGUGAAGGAAGGAGCCGCCAUGCUGUUGGAACACCUAGCCGGGAGCUUGGCAUCGGCCAUUCCCGUGAGCACACAGCUCGAUAUCGCUGCUCAGCAUCAUCUCUUUAUGAUGGGUCGGAAUGGGAGCAACAUCAAACAUAUCAUGCAGAGAACGGGUGCUCAGAUCCAUUUUCCUGAUCCCAGUAAUCCACAAAAGAAAUCCACCGUCUACCUCCAGGGCACCAUUGAGUCUGUCUGUCUUGCAAGGCAAUAUCUCAUGGGUUGUCUUCCUCUUGUGCUGAUGUUUGAUAUGAAGGAAGAAAUUGAAGUUGAUCCACAGUUCAUUGCUCAGUUGAUGGAACAGCUUGAUGUCUUCAUCAGUAUUAAACCAAAGCCAAAACAGCCAAGCAAGUCUGUGAUUGUGAAAAGUGUUGAGCGAAAUGCCUUAAAUAUGUAUGAAGCAAGGAAAUGUCUCCUCGGACUUGAAAGCAAUGGGGUUACCAUAGUAACCAGUCCGUCCCCAGCAUCGUGCCCGGCCGGCCUGGCAUGUCCCAGCCUGGAUAUCUUAGCUUCAGCAGGCCUCGGACUCACUGGACUAGGUCUUUUGGGGCCCACCACCUUAUCUCUAAACACUUCAACAACCCCGAACUCGCUCUUAAAUGCUCUUAAUAGUUCAGUCAGUCCUUUGCAAAGUCCAAGCUCUGGCACCCCCAGCCCCACACUGUGGGCACCCUCACUUGCUAAUACGUCAAGUGCUACAGGUUUUUCUGCUAUACCACACCUUAUGAUUCCAUCUACUGCCCAAGCCACAUUAACCAAUAUUUUGUUGUCUGGAGUGCCCACCUAUGGGCAUACAGCUCCAUCUCCUCCUCCUGGCCUGACUCCUGUUGAUGUCCAUAUCAACAGUAUGCAGACAGAAGGCAAAAAAAUCUCUGCUUCUCUAAAUGGACAUGCACAGUCUCCAAAUAUAAAAUAUGGUGCAAUAUCCACUCCAUCACUUGGAGAAAAAGUGCUGAGUGCAAAUCGUGGUGAUCCAUCCAGACAAACAACUGGAUCUGAGCAGGCAGCUUCCAAAUCAAACCCUGCAGAAGGUUGUAAUGAUGCUUUUGUUGAAGUAGGCAUGCCUCGGAGUCCUUCCCAUUCCGGGAAUGCUGGUGACUUGAAACAGAUGCUGGGUCCCUCCAAAGUUUCCUGCGGCAAGAGGCAGACAGUAGAACUAUUGCAGGGCACGAAAAACUCGCACUUACACACUGAUAGGUUGCUCUCAGAUUCUGAGCUGAGUGCUGCAGAAAGCCCCGUGGCUGACAAGAAGGCUCCUGGGAGUGAGCGAGCUGCCGAGAGGGCCGCGGCUGCCCAGCAAAACUCCGAGAGGGCCCGUCUUGCCCCACGGCCGUCAUACGUCAACAUGCAGGCAUUUGACUAUGAACAGAAGAAGCUACUAGCAACCAAAGCUAUGUUAAAGAAGCCAGUGGUGACGGAGGUCAGAACACCCACGAACACCUGGAGUGGUCUUGGGUUUUCUAAAUCCAUGCCCGCUGAAACAAUCAAGGAGCUGAGGAGGGCCAACCACGUGUCCUACAAGCCCACGAUGACAACCACUUUCGAGGGCUCAUCAAUGUCCCUCUCAAGAUCCAACAGUCGUGAGCACUUGGGAAGUGGAAGUGAAUCUGAUAACUGGAGAGAUCGAAAUGGAAUAGGACCCACAAGUCAUAGUGAAUUUGCAGCUUCUAUUGGCAGCCCCAAGCGUAAACAAAACAAAUCAACUGAACACUAUCUCAGCAGUAGCAAUUACAUGGACUGCAUCUCCUCGCUGACAGGAAGCAAUGGCUGUAACCUGAAUAGCGCUUUCAAGGGCUCUGACCUCCCCGAGCUCUUUAGUAAACUGGGCCUGGGCAAAUACACAGACGUCUUCCAGCAGCAAGAGAUUGAUCUUCAGACGUUCCUUACUCUCACAGAUCAGGAUCUGAAGGAACUGGGAAUUACGACUUUUGGUGCCAGGAGGAAAAUGCUGCUUGCAAUCUCAGAACUUAACAAAAACCGAAGAAAGCUUUUUGAACCACCAAAUGCCCAUACCUGUUUCCUGGAAGGCGGAGCAAGUGGGAGGCUACCCCGUCAGUAUCACUCAGACAUUGCUAGUGUCAGCGGCCGCUGGUAGCAGUACCCUCGAAGCGCAGGCCUGCUAGCAGGAGAUCUGUGAACAGCCGUCACUACACGCCAUCCUCAGCCCUCUGGGUGUCUGUUAUCAGGACCAAAGCAUUUUAUUCACACCUGAACUUUGUGCCAAAAAGGAAGAAAAGAGAGAUGAUGUUCAUAAGUCAUCAUACACAACCACAUGUGUAUUACUUUUAUUUUUAAUGGCAAUUGGACAGAUUUGCAAUAUGAGGAUAGGGCUUUAUUUCCUGUUUUUAUUUACCUAUAUAACAUAUGCACUGAUUUUUUUUUUUUUUUUUACUUAAUGAAGGAUGAGUUGACAUCUGGGAUGCCAGAAAAUAUGGAAAUUGCUUGUUUUGUUUUGGUAUUUGGGGAUUUUAAAAAAUAAUCAAAGUACAAUUUUCUGGUACUGCUUUAAAAUAAUUAUUGAGGUCUUUCAGCACUUUACAUUUUCGAAUUUCUUGUCCUGUGGAAGUUCUCUCUCAUUUUCAUGUCACCUGAUACUGGUACAAAUCAGAUUUAGUCACAUUUUUCUGACUGCGUUAAAUUUGUAUUUGAAAUGGUACUGGAUUAUUAAUUUUCAUGCAGCAUAUUCUGUGACUUUGGGAAAUGUAAGUGACUCUUCUUGGUUCUGGACCAGUUCUUUUUAUUGAUGUAAGUAUCCUAGAAACACAUGCAAAGAAAGACCAAAUGGACUUUGCAAUAUUAACCUUUUGCAGUCAUAUUUAGCUGCUGCCUGUAUUGCUAAAAUGAUCUUAAUUGUUGUCUGAAGGCAAAGGGCUAUGUUUAGCAUACUGCCACUAAAGGACACUUAUUUAUAUCAAACUUUUAUUUUUAGAUAUUAUAAACAUACAGUACAUAACUGAUUAAAUUGAUAUCUACUAGAGAUUUAUGGUAGAGAAUGGACAGCUUUCAAUAACUGGAUCCCUAGAUUGUCACUUUAUUUAAGAAAGACAAAUAAUCAUCUGACAAGACAGCACUGUUGCCAUUAGGAGGAGAAAACAGAUUACUGUCCUCAUCAUGUAUGCAUUAGCUGCGCUCUAUCUGGUCACAGGACUUUCCUAAAACUAUAGCUGUCUGAUUGAAGAAGACCUGGGUUUGAGAACAGAAAAGUUUAAUUAAGUCUCCAGGGUGAGAGUUUAUAAAGACAGCUGAGUUCUAAAGGAGGCGGGGAAAAUAAGACUUUUCUAAGUGGCUAGACUUAUUGUUACAAUCAUACUGUGAAAGUCCAAGAAAUCAGGCAAUAUUGUUUCCUAGGUCUUUUCAGACAUCUUAUUGUGGAUUUUGUGAAGAGUUUUCAAUCCAUGAAGAAAAUCACUAAGUGCCUCUCUUUCUUCAAAGCAAUAUUAUUUACAAGUGUAUUAAUUUUUUGGAAAAUGUUCCCAUAGGAAAUGUUGUGAAUUACCUGUACUGUAAUGACUUAUUUAUGUUCAAUAUUCAAGACUUUCUACAUGGACAUAAACCACUGUCACAUGAUCUCAGCAUAUGACAUUAGAUAAGCAUACCUAACAAUUGGGGGAACUUUUAUACAAACAUGGGAUCAGAAAUAUUUAUCUGACAUUUUUUCCAUGCCUGAGUCUAACCAUUGAAAGCAAGAACAAUAAUGGAAGAUAAAUUUUGCACACAGAAAACUUUUCACUUUAAAAGAUUGUAUUUGUUUCCAUGACAGUAUAAUUGAUGAUUUUAUGACAGGCCCAUUCCUAAACUAAACCGUAUCUGCUUAUGGAGGUAGAACUAAUGCAACCUUUGCAAAUACAACAAAAUAUCCUGCCCAUAUAUCAUACGGAGGUCCCCACAUUCAGCACAGGGUAAGAAUUCCAGAUGUUUCCCAGUCAACAACUCAGUGCUCUUAAUUUUAUCUUUCCUUAAUAAAACCUUCCAAUAUAAAAAUCAUUUGGAGCUCUCUUCCCUGCUCUGUACCUUCCAUUUGCAACAGGAGGAAGAUGGAAUCAAUUUACAGUAUUAAGUUGAUACAGGUUUUAUGAACAGGGCUUAGAUAUAUGCCAAAGGGAAAACUGUCCCAAUCAAACUAGAUUAAAUAGGGUGGCUAAAAAUAAAAACACUGGAAAUUACUUUUCUCACUUUCUCUUAUUCAAUGAAGGGAAUAUGACACUACAGUAUACCAUGUUGUCAGUGUUAUAUGAUGCACAAAAUAUUUGGAGAUAUGUUAGUUUUUAAUCUGUGCCUUAAUUGUGACUGGUUAUCUGUAAAUAUAGAACAGAUACAGAUUGUAUUUUGUGUGGGGUUUUGUCCUUUUAGUGAUUAAAAAAAUAAGAUGGAAUUAAACAUUGAAAAUGGGAAUUUUUUCUAAUCAAUUGUUAUAUGAAAAAUAAAUUUAUAUACCCCCUUUGCAUUGCC